AUGGAAAUGGAGAGCACCACAGCGAAGGUGAAGCUGCUGCUGGGGGUGCUGGCGCUGCAGUGCUGCCUGGCAGGGUUCCAUAUUGUUUCCAGGGCAGCCCUUAACAUGGGCAUCAGCAAGGUCGUCUUCACCGUCUACCGGAACUGCAUAGCCUUGGCGUUGCUCAUACCUUUUGCAUACUUCCUUGAAAAGAAAAUCAGACCACCCCUCACAUUCUCCUUGCUGGUCCAUCUCUUCUUCCUGGCAUUCUGCGGGAUAACAUGCAACCAGGGUUUCUAUCUUCUUGGUUUGCAUUAUCUGUCGCCAACAUAUGCUUCUGCAAUCCAGAAUACAGUACCAGCAAUAACCUUUGCACUGGCAGCUUCUCUGAGGCUCGAGAAGGUAAACAUAAACAAGAGGUAUGGGAUGGCAAAAGUGAUUGGCACAGUCGUAAGCAUAGGGGGAGCAACUGUCAUCACUUUAUACAAAGGAACACCCCUGAUGAACUUCAAGCCAUCCCAUAUUUUGGGCAUUGUGUCUCAGAACGUAGUUUUGAAUUGGACUGUCGGUUGCCUCUUCCUCCUUGGCAAUUGCAUUGCCUGGUCUGGAUGGAUGGUACUUCAGACCCCAGUCUUGAAGAAAUACCCAGCCAGGUUGUCAAUGCUUGCGCUGACUCUGACAUUCGGGCUGGUUCAAUUCUUGGCCAUAGCAGCUUUCUGGGAGAAUGACAUUGGGAAGUGGAGGCUUCACUCCGGAGAAGAGCUCUUCACAAUCCUCUACGCUGGUAUGGUAGCUUCAGGGGUUGCUUUAUCUCUUCAGAUCUGGUGUAUUGACAGGGGUGGUGCUCUGUUUACUGCUAUCUUCCAGCCAGUACAAACUGUCAUGGUGGCCAUAAUGGCUGCCGUUAUUCUUGGCGAUCAACUAUACACAGGAGGGAUCAUAGGAGCUGCCCUUAUAGUCAUUGGCCUUUACUUCGUGUUGUGGGGUAAAAAUGAGGAGAAGAAGAGCAGCAGUAGUAACCGAAGCAACGAACCCGAUUUAUCAAGGCAUCUCCUUAGUGAAGAGUCUUCUCGACCAACGCCUGUGAUAAGUGAUGUUCCAUAAGAGCAGUAACCAUCAGUGCUUUUGUAAAAAUCAGAAACAUUAAUAUGCAAGGUUUUGCAAGUGUGGAUAGGUAGACGGUUUUCUAGGUUGUGCGUAGUUUAGGAACAAU